UAUGUAAACUUAUAUUUAUAGAUAUACAUAUAUUAUAUAUGGAGUUAGUGAUAUGGACAUUGCGUUAGUAGACGGACGGACUAGUGUUGGGGCUUAGAACAAAGACAAUAAAACUGUUGUAAGGGAGAACUGAGAAAAAUAACGUCAAAGUUGACGCAUCAGUUUUGUUAGUUUCGUUAGUGUCACGUGUGUGUUAACAAAUUUAUUUGACACAAUAAAUUGUAUGAAUAAAAUAGUAUUAUAGUGACAGUCGGAUGAUGAAAUAUAAAAAAAGUGUUGUCAUGCAAAUCGCAGUUUUAGAAUGACGAACAUCUAACUGUUGAAGAUUGUACGGAUGUGUAAAGCAGUGCAGUGCAAAUAAUUACAAUAAACCAACUAGCCAACCAACCAAGCUCACUAUUAUUUUAUUAUACGUAACACUAUCGAGUGAAAGUGUCGAUAAAUUGUCAAGAUAAAUAAUUUAAUCAUAGAUAUGGAUAAAUAAAGUUCAUCAGAUAUUUGAAGAAAAAAACAUAAUUAUCAACGACCGUUUUUUAUUUGAUUUAUUUUUAUAUUUUAUAUUUUUGUUGUCUUUGCACUGUUUUGCGCAUCUGUUUUACCCUCAUCAUCAUCAUCAUCAUCAUCGUCGUCGUAGUAUCUCCCACACACUUAUAAAAUACACAAUACGACAUUUGUCGUUUUAACUUCGAGGUCGGGGGCCUCACUCGUGUUAUUUUAUUAUUUUUUUUUUAUUAUCUUUGUCACUUUGAUGCGAAGAUGAAAAAACAUGGCUAAUUUGAGAAGGUGAAACACGUACAAGUACAAAAUAAUUGGUUAUUGUUUUUUAUCUUGACAAGACAAAAAAAGCCAAUAUAUUUUGUCAAGGACCAACGAAAAUAAAUAAAACGGCUCUCUGAUUUACAUUGGACUUGAACAUUCAUUCAAGUUCAAUAAAAUAUUUUAUUAAAUUAUACGUUUGGAAGCUGCAAUAAAUAGAUAAACAAAAAUGUCGUCACCAAGUGCUGGAAAACGACGCAUGGACACUGAUGUUAUAAAAUUGAUUGAAAGUAAACAUGAAGUAACAAUUUUAGGUGGACUUAAUGAAUUUUCCGUUAAAUUUUAUGGCCCUCGGGGCACACCUUAUGAAGGUGGAAUAUGGAAAGUACGAGUACAUUUACCUGAACACUAUCCAUUUAAAUCACCAUCUAUUGGAUUUAUGAACAAAGUUUACCAUCCAAAUAUUGAUGAGGUAUCGGGUACUGUGUGUCUUGAUGUUAUUAAUCAGGCAUGGACAGCUCUCUAUGAUUUAUCGAACAUCUUUGAGUCUUUCCUCCCUCAAUUACUGACAUAUCCAAAUCCAAUAGAUCCACUUAACGGCGACGCUGCCGCAAUGUACCUACACAAACCCGAUGAGUAUAAAAAGAAAGUUGCUGAUUACGUUAGGAAAUAUGCAACAGAAGAAGCGUUAAGAGAUCAAGAGAAUGCCGAUAAUGCAAAUGGUGUAUCGUCGGAAAGUGAAUCUUCGAUGAGUGAUUUUAGUGAAAAUGAAGCCCAAGAUAUGGAGUUGUAACUAGAUGCUUUACCACUUGUUAAUCUUCCAAUUAAGAUAUCUUAAAAAAAAUUAAUUAUAAUAAUAAUUAAAUUGAUUUUUUAUUUAAAAAGUUAAUACAAUACAUGCAAAUUUCUCGCCUGCGCGCGUGCACAAUACACAUUUUAUUACACACUACUAUAUGCAUGUGUAUGUAUAUACAAAAAAAAAUUUAAUAGAAAAACUGGCUGCGCUCAAGUCUACGAUUGUUGUUUGUGAUUUGAAGCUGUUAUAAAUUUGCAAUAAUAAUUAUUCAGUUAUAAAAUUUUUAUCACUUUCUUAUGUCGAUAAUUACAUUAGCAACGAGCUAACCGAAUUAACGCGCUGCGAUUAACGUUAAUAAAAAAAUCGAUCAAUUAAUAUUUUUUUUUUUUUCGUCAAUCAAAAUGAUUUUUUUUAAAAAUUAGCUUUUGUGCGAAAUAACUUCUUGAUCAUAUAUAUAUAUAUAUAUAUAUAUAUAUAUAUAUAUAUAUAUAUAUAUAUAUAUAAAUAUAUAUAUACAUAUAUAUAUAUUUAGUUCAAUUUUUCAUAUAUUUCAUUAAUGUGAAUAAAAUAUUGUGUUACUACAAAUAGUUAAAACAAUGUCUCAUUUAACAUAAAUAAAUAACAAGUAGUACAAGUGAUAACUCAAAUUUACUUGUCAAGAUCAAAGUACUAGAUUUAAUUGCUUAGACAAUAUUCAAAAAUAUUAAGCGUUAAAAAAUGUUCUAAAAUAUAUAAACAUAUAUAUAUUUUUUUUUAAUAAAAAAAAAAUCUAACAAAAUUUACACAGUAUAUAAAUGAUGAUUAUUACAAAAAAAACUGCGUCAACUAAAUUUCCAGUAUAUGAAAUCGAAAUAAAAAAUAAAAUGAAUAAAAAAUAUCUAUCCCUUUCUGUUUAAUGAGAUAAAUUAUAUCUUUCCAUAGAUUAUUAUAUAAAAUAAUUAAAGAUUAUUAUUUUAAAAAAAUAAUGAUAACUAAUCGUGUAUGCGGGAAGAUAAAAUUACAAAAUAAUAACAAACAUGCACCCCAAUAUUUAAGGCCAUUCUCAGACAGUGCCCCCAUUUUUUUAAAAUUUUCAAUGGCCUUCAACUCUCGUAAGCGUAUCGAAAUUCAAUCAAUUAAUUUAAAAAAAAUUAAAGCUGUUCAGUUAUGCUGAUACAGAAUAAAAAAAAAUACUUACAGUUGACAUCAAUUGGGAAUUAAACGAAAUUUGGAUAAUAAAUUUCAGUAAAAUCAUGUCAAUUUUAUAAUUUGAAUUUUCAAAUUUUGUGGGCUAAAAUUUAUUCAAAAAAUUUCGUUUAAUUCCUAAUUGAGAACAACUGCAAGUAAUUUUUUUUAAAUUCUAUAUGUCAUUGCAUAUUUUUAAAACGUGGGGGGCACUGUCAGAAUGCCCUUAAUUUAUCACUUAUUUGUUUACAAAUCGAGCAUCACUUAUCGUACUACCAGCCAGCCGAAUUAUUUUUUUUCUUUAACGGUCGAAUAAAAAAAAUAAUAACGGUACAAGUGUAAUUGUUUGAUAAUUAAAUUAUCGAGUCAAUAAGUGAAAAAUAAUAAUAUCUGUAUAACUAUAUGUAUCUUAAUUAAGCUCUUAGGAUAUUUAAAUUGGUUUAAUAAUUGGUGGAAGUUAAUGACAAACAAAUAAAAAGAAUAAAAAUUAUAUAUAUAUAUAUAUAUAUCUAUAUAUAUAAAUAAAUAUAUAUCCUCUGAUAUGGAUAAUUUGCAAGUGUUCUUGUGUCACUAGACCUCACGAAUUUUAACAUUAACAUUAAUAAAUUAUAGGCAAUACAUAUAUAUAUAUAUUAAAAAAAAUUAUAAUAAUAAUAAAAACCAUUUAUUAUUUAAAAUAUUUUUAUGUUAGUAAUUUUUAUAUGAUUAAUCAGUAGAAUUAUAUUUAUUGAGAUGAUUAAAAAAGUAGAUACUGAAAUUUAAAGAACUACUUCAUCAUUGACAAAUCAAUUAAAUUUCUUUUUCUUUUUUUUCUAUAGAUAUUUUUUUUAAAUAUGAUUUUUUUCAAAGUUUAUUGAAUUAAUAAUAGUGAUAUUGGAUUUAUAGAAUGAAAAAAUUAUAUAAUAAUUUAAACUGAGCAAUUUAAUGUAUAUUAUAAAUAGCAACGUGUGCCACAGCGUAUCACUGCAAUUUAUAUCACGCGCGAAAUCAUUAAAAUAUUUCGCCAAGGUACUUGACGUCAUACAUUACGUAUUUUUAUUACACUAAUUUUCUUAAGCGGCAUAAAUUUCCGCCUAUAAAUACAUCAUUUACUAUCUUAA